GGAUCAUUCUCAAGUGAAAGGAAAUGCGUCCCACUCCCAGCCACUGCAAGUAGUGCAUGUGUAGUUGGUACAGGAGGGUUCUGCAUAUUUCGUGAUUUUAGUUUGUAGAUCUAUAUCGCAACCACUAUUAAUUUUAGAUCUAUAAAUAGCUGUAUCCUGAGUGUAUGAACACGAGGUCAAUUUAAUGUAAAUCGUCGGGCACAAAAAGAAGGAAUACAAGUAGAAAGAAGAUGAUCUUUAUACUUGCGGUGACGUGUUAGCCGAUAAGUACUGGCUUGCUGAUAGCAAGCAGCGUGACAUAUAUUCGGUAUCAUGGGGUCCCAUCCUUCUCGUCACUUGGACAACGAGGUUGUGGCAACGCUGGUCUCUGAGACAGGAUUUUCUCGGAAACAAAUUCAACGGCUGCAUUGUCGAUUCAGUUCCCUUGACAAAGAUAAAUUGGGCUGUCUCAAAAGAAGUGACUUGGAGCAUAUCUCCGAGCUGCACAUUAACCCGCUUGGGGUGCGAAUUAUCGACGCCUUCUUCCCAGGAGACCGUACAGAGCUGAGUUUCCCGGAUUUCGUCCACGUUUUGGCGGUGUUCCGCCCUGGCCAAGAGCACGGCUCUACUGACUCCAGAAAUGGUUCUGUCUCGGAUGCCAGCUCAUCGGCAGUGAAUUCACGAGAAAAGAAGCUUGAAUUCGUGUUCUCCAUGUACGAUGUCAACAACGAUGGUGUCAUAUCAAAGAAUGAAUUGUCGAAAAUCUUCCAGAUGAUGGUGGGUGUCAACGUGACAACAGAGCAGCUUGAAUAUGUGCUGGAACUCACUUUGGAAGAGGCUGCUGCUGAUGAUGCCGGAGAUAUUACAUUUGAAAAAUUCAAAACGGUCAUGAAAACCUCGGCUGUAGAGGAGAAGCUUAGCAUUCGCUUUUUCUCAUAGGUCGGUCAUACCCCCAGCCAUAGCUGGACCAUAAUAUCCGGUUACAAGCAAAUGUCUGCAGCACAGUGCGUCACUACACGGCCUGCGGCACAUAGUAUUCUUUAUGCUCAUUUCUUGUCAAUGGGGGUCCUGCCAGUGACUUCCCAUCGAAUCAACACCAAGAAAGCACCGGCAGCUCUUUUUUUUAACCACACCACUCCAUUCUACAUGUGUUUUAGCCACUUGCACUAUAUUACAGAGCAUAGACUUAGCUAACAAGAGUCUACUUUGAAGUAGGACACAAACGCUGGUAGAAUCGGACUGCAGGUAUAGAUUGAUCGCUUAUUAAAUUAGUGCCGCUGCGCCUACCUAGAAUGUGUCUGUUUUUUAUUUGUUUUAUUUCGUUCCCCUGCUAUUUGUCUGGAACCUCAUGCUAGGUCUUGAUGAUUGCCAUAAUUAGUAGUACUCACAGAUCAGCAGCCUUUAUUUUUACUGCAGCUCCUGAUUCCUAGUUUGGGUACUCAGCAUUACACACGAAUCCAUUGAUACCCCUUGAUAGGUGCAAGCGCGGCGUGUCACAAGCCCCUAGCUGCUUAGUUAUUUACUUUCAAAGAAUACGUCAGAAUUGUUGAUAUAAAAGUCUCUUCCUAACCCAUCCGGCAUGAUACUUCUAUUUACCACACUGUGCAGAAACUUCAUGUUCAUACUUCCCCGAAGUACUUUAUUUUAUUUCCUUUUUUUCGAGGAAUCUUACGUCGGCCUCGCAUGUACUUGUACAUACCGGUGUAUGGGUACUUGCUAGGUUUUCGUUUUCUUCAUCUCAUUGACGAGCUACAGUGCGCGCAUGCAGCACAGGUCUGUUUGUUUGUGUUGAAUGACUGUAAAUGUCGUCUGUCUACUUGUAUCAUUAUCAGAAUAUCCGCUGUUGCUCUGGCAGUGUGUCCUCCA